UAGCACUGGACAGAAAUUGGAAUUCCUAUCCUUUCUGGGAUUGGGUGAGGCUAAGAAAGUUGACUUAGCAGCAGAGGUUAGCUUGGGACUGUUGACGCAAUGCAAAGGCGAGGGAGAGGAAUCUACCCCUCUUGAAGAGAAAAUAUUAAUAGCCUCCACAUUUGUUGCAGAAAUGAUUUGCUUGAUAGUUUCAAAUGCAAAACAUACCAAGUGCCUCUGCUUAUUAGUGCAGAGGCGUGUUUGUAUGUGGGGAAGGGGGCUUUUUGAUGCCAGACACAUGUGUUUUCAAUUGAUAUCUGGAGCCAGACCAGUAGCUGUAACUUGGCCUGACAAAGCCUUAUUGAAGUAAAAGACAGAGUGUGGUUUCAAAGCAGUUAGAAAAAGAACGGGAAUGCUGUUCAGGAAAUUCUUCAGGCAUGGGCAGGGACUUGGCCGCAGUUCUGCUGCUGGAAAAUCUGACAGGGGCAGCUUCUGAACGCAGGGUAGGCCUCGUGCUGCUCUGAAAGCAACACUGGAUCUUCUCCCGGACCCCUAGUUCGGCAUACCCCAGAUCUUGGAUUUUCAUCUGGCUACUGAAAGAGAGUGAUUUGGGACACCCCUCUAUGCUUGGGAUGACAGCAGAGGAAAAAUGAUUAAGAAACAUUCCCCUUCUCUUAAGUAUAUGACCUAGUGUAGGUCAUACUAUCUUACUGACUAAGAUAUUGAUCACCAGGGGAAAUAUCUAAGAUGCCUCAGGAACAGUACACACACAGGAGUGCCAUGCAGAGCUCAGAUGGACCACAUGUAUACAAAGUGGGGAUUUAUGGCUGGCGGAAAAGAUGCCUCUAUUUCUUUGUGCUACUCCUAAUGAUUUUAAUACUGGUGAACCUUGCUAUGACCAUCUGGAUCCUCAAAGUUAUGAACUUCACAAUUGAUGGAAUGGGAAACCUGAGGAUCACAGAAAAAGGUUUAAAGGUAGAAGGAGAUUCAGAGUUCUUGAAACCUCUCUACGCCAAAGAAAUCCGAUCCAGAACAGGCAACCCUCUGUACUUCCAAUCUGCUCGGAAUGUUACAGUGAACAUUCUCAAUGAGAAGAGUAAAGUUAUUACACGUCUUGUAACAGGUCCCAAAGCAGUGGAAGCACACAGUCAAAAAUUUGAAGUGCUAACCACCUCGGGGAAAUUGUUGUUUUCUGCCGAUGACAAUGAAGUGGUGGUUGGAGCAGAGAGACUGAAAGUUUUAGGAGCAGAAGGCACAGUGUUCCCUAAAUCCAUAGAAACUCCCAAUGUCAGGGCAGACCCCUUCAAGGAACUAAGACUUGAGUCACCCACACGCUCUUUGGUAAUGGAGGCUCCCAAGGGAGUUGAAAUAAAUGCUGAGGCUGGCAACCUGGAAGCCACAUGCAGGUCAGAGCUCAAGCUGGAAUCCAAAGAUGGAGAGAUAAUAUUGAAGGCUGCAAAUAUCAUACUACCUAGAUUGCCUCAGGGAUCCUACUCCUCUACCGGAUCCAGGCAAAAAAUCUUCGAGCUGUGUGCAUGUCCCAAUGGGAGGUUAUUCCUGUCUCAGGCGGGAUCUAGUUCCACCUGCCAGAUAAACAAAAGUGUCUGCCAUUGAGAGAGACUGUUUGCAGCAGGCAUAGCUGGCAGCACAAGGGCCUUUCCUGGCCUCCCAGAUAGCAGCUGCCAACUAUUUUUAUUAGAACACAGAAAGCCUAUCAAAGACUUUUGUGUGUGUGUGCGUGUGUGCGCGCGUGCGUGUGUGUGUGUGUGUGUGAAUAUAUAAAUAUAUAUAUAGACAUAGAUAUAUAUAGAUAUAAAUAUAUAUAUAUAUAUCCUUGGUGUAAAAUGAGGUUUCAGUACAAGAAAUCCCAGGGUGACCCUCUUUGUGCAGCAUUCAUUGCUCCCAUAUCAAAAUUUAUAAACUGUGCAAAUUGGAUCCUGAGCCUUCCAGUUGUUCUCAGAACGUGUUAUAGCAACACCCUGUAAGUCAAGAAAAUGCUUUUGAGCCGCUGCAAAUUUAGUUAAAGGCCAUUUCACACAUCACAUUUUACCUACACAAGUACAUGGGGAAAUCGAGUCAUGGGAUGAGAUUGCACCCCUGUCUAUUUUGCUACGUAUACAUGCACUAGAAACACAGGUUAUUAUGGUUUCCCAAAUUGUGUACUCACUAAAAUAGACUGAUGAGCAAUCUCCACACCUAAUGGUGUACACAGGUGCCUGUGGAUUUCUUCUUCUUCUUAUCUAUGUACAUUUGUGCAGGUAUAAUGUCAUACAUGAAGUAAACCUAAGAUAAAAGCAGCUCCACUUGUAGAAACCAUUCUCAACCCUGCCCUGAAGGUAGAGAGAUCAAGGCAAGGAAGAUAUUUGCACUACAAGGACUGUGUUCUGAUGAACUGAACUAUGGGGAAACAAAAAGCCAAUUAAAAUGAAUGGCUCUUUGGAUCAUCAGCAUUAUCAAUUGGUUAAACAACGGAGAUUAAUUGGAAGCGGGUGAGUUUCCCUCACCUCCUAGCCCUUUACUUGGGAAAUGUUUAAAUGACAGGAUCAUACACUUCGCUUAGAUGCUGCCUUCCACUUCUUAGGCUGGCCCUGCCCAACUUGCAGUUCAAGACCAUAGUUAGAACGUCUCUCUCUUGUUAUUUACCAUCUCCUCGAAGCAAAGGGUUAAAGAUAGCAUAAUGAGACAAGCAUCUCUGAUUAUUAUUGUGCCAUGAACAUCCAUCACGUUAGAGAUAAAAUUGCCUACUGCUUAGGGUGCUCCAGGACACCUGUGGUUAAAGUUACAUACUGUUCAGUUAUAAUUAAAAGUAUGUAUCCCAAGAGUAAUAUUGUGCACUACUCUUCACAAUACUUGACCUGAUUCCAAGAGGUGGUUCCAUAUAUGAAAUAUAGACUAGGUCAUGUCUAUGGAAGACAAGAAUGACAGCUAUGUACUUUUUUUUAAUGAGUUAUAAAGCUCAUACAAGAUUUUAUAAACUGGAGGCUGGGGCUAGUUGGACAAAGAUGUUGAGGUGAACAUCAAAAAGAGCAUCAGGGUCUGUUCUCAUAUGUUUUGCUGGGAUUUACUUGGGGAUCCUUGCCUCUCUAACACAUACAUCGGAUUAGAAAGUACGCACGAUGCACCAUGUUAGAUAUUUCUACAAAGAAAAGUAAUUGCUCUCCCAUUUCACCAAUGUAUGGAAAUAUUUCCUGAUAAAAGGAAGACCAUGAUUGAGGGAGAAACUUCUAUUGACAAUGUUUCACCUGUUAUGUCAGCUAUGCCAAACAUGGAGGCUAUUCUAAUGUGCACCCUAACACAGGCUUGGGAAGUCCAGCCCAGGUUAGGCUGUGUGUGGGAACUGCUGGGAUCGGGCCAAAUCCCAGCAUGGCAGUGCCACCUAGCUCCACCUUUAAACCCAGCCCUUAGCCAGGGUUAAGCGCUCGAGCAAGCCCUUAACUUGGGCUCUGGGAUUGUAUGUUCGCUGGGGCUAUGUUUAGCCCCAGAGGACACAGAGACGGGUGCCUAGAGUGCCAGUGUCUUGGGGGAGUUCCCCAAUUCAUGUUGUGGUGCAUUGUGGGAUAUCCAGAGGCCGGGAUGCAUCGUCCCAGCCUCCAGAGUACUGUACCAUGGCACGCAGCAUGGAUCAUUUGGGAGUGCGAUCCACGCUCCCAGGAACAGAACAGCACUCGUGGAGUGGGGGGAGGAGAGUUUGAACAGCCUUCCCCCCCUGCCUGCCGCCCUGCCUGGUCAUGUGAACAACCUCAUGGUGCGCUCAAAAUUGUUACUGUCUGCAGUACAGAUGGCUAAGGGACUAGCAUAGGAUGAACAUGAGAUGGGAUACAUAUUUUAACCCCCUCCACCCCCAAAGUGCAGAGGCAGCCUUAGAGAUCAUUCACACAAUCAAAAAUUGUGUUCCACCCAGGUUUGGGAGCUACGUGUGCUCCCAAUCUUCAGUUGUGUGGAAGCAAGGUAGGUAGAAAACCUGGGUAGAAGUGAUUGUGUGGAAAGCAAGAUAGGAGGAACACCUGGGUAGCUUUCCCUCCUACCUUGCUUCCACACAACCGAAAACUGGGAGCACACCCAGCUCCCAAACCUGGGUAGAACACAGUUUUUAAUUGUGUGAAUGACCUUCUUAAGUUAACAAAAGGUAAUUGGUUCCUAAUGGAAAGGCAAGGUGACUGCUGUACAUACAAAAAUCUUGGAAGCUCAUAACCAACAGGUGUCUGGUUUACCCUUUACACUUACAGGCUCUAGCUUCUAAAAAUGUAUAUUUUAUUACAGUAAGAAUGCUGAAGAACUGGGUGGAAACAUGUCUGAUGGAACUUGGCAUGUAGCUGAAUAAAAAUUUAUAGGGCAAUAAUGUAGCCACCUUGAAAGGUGGGCUAUACAUUUUACAAAUUAAAUAAUGUUAAGUAAACUUCCUAUGUAGAAUUUUAUGUUGAGAACUGUAUAAGGCCAGUGUCUCAUGUGCCAAUAUCAGAGAUGCUUAUUAGGAAGCAGAAGUUUUAAAAGUUGUUUCUAUCAAUUAUGACACAAUCAGUUCAUUGGAAAGCAAAGCAUAAGCUCCCUUCAAAACUGAAGGGAUACUCAGGACACUCCUCCCUAUUGGAAUUCCAGAAGGGUAGCAAUGUCAGUCCACUGUAGCAAAGAAUUUUCUGGCACUUAAAGACUAAGAAGUUUGUUGUGGGCCAAAAGCUUAUACCACAGUACAUGCAUUAGUCCUGAAAAUGCCACAGGACCUUUUAGUGUUUUCCAUACAGGAAUCAUCUAUGGACUAGAAGUAAGUAACAGCAUCAAAGAUCUGAUGUGACAAAAGAAGGCACAAGCUUUAAGAAAUGGAUUCCAUAGGCGACUUACUCAAGCAUGUCUAAUCUGAAAAACGUACGCAAAUGCUAGAACCUGAGCACAAUCCUAAGCAUGAAUGAAACUGGGUUCAUUACAUGUGCAACAGCCUUGAAACAUUAGGAUAGAAUGUUACAUAUUCUUUCAAGCCAUUUUCUUGGAUUUCUUUAUAGGCUAGAGAGCACCAAGAACUUGAUAACUAGACUGUUGAAGCCACUAGAAAGUGCUCCCAUUGAUUUCAAUGGAGUUUGGAUUAAGCCAUUUCUAAAAGCAUUGUAGUUAGUUGAUGAUAAAGCAGGCUUGAAGACACCAGUGAAGUGCACUUUUGAUGGAUAGUAAAAUGAGUUGGUCCACAUGACAUUCAGUGAUACUCUUAGGAUCUUAAAGCAUUUGCUAAUUGAAUGACUCCUGUCAUUACUAUUUCUUGAGCUGACACUUCAAUGCAAAGGGGUCACCCAGGAUAACAAUUGUAUUGGGACACAGGACUAUACAUCAUCUCUGUUCAAAGAGGGAGACUUGUGCCUAUGCCUUAAGUCAAUGCACUCAGCAAGGAGAAGCACAUCAUAUUUAUCUUAUUAUUGAAACAAGUUUAUUUGGAGCGUUGGACUGAAGGUUGGAGAGGGUGAUGGGACUGCAGUGUUUGAGAAAUGAAUGGAGUCUUGUAAAGUAUCAAAAAGUAGACUCACUAGAAAUUCACAAAGACUAUGGGCACCUGGAGAAAGUACAGAUCUCUGUCACGUUGUAAUAUAGGAAGAACCUGAGUAUGGAACUUCUGAGCUCAUCGUGGAGGUACAACUUUGAAUCUUCAGAGCUGUCUGUGAAUUGUGGGGUUUUUUUUGUUUUUUUUUUUGUUUCAUUUUGUAUUGAACAGUGAUCACAUGUAAGGGCCAUUUCAUUAACGAAUACUUCUCGGAGUGCACAGGAUGAUAAAUGAGUUCAACACUGCAAAGAAAAAUAUACAUAUUGCAAUGUAACAGUGUUGUUUGAUCUUUUCUUCCCCAUUAAUUUUAGUGACUGAAACAGCAGGUUCCUUGAUAUGAACCACCACUGUGCUUAGAGGAAUUCGGGUUGUGGGGAGGGGGCGUUAUUUUUGUGAAGACUUACUUUUCUGAUAGCUCAGUCUUUCUCAUAAUUUGGGUCCUGAUUUUACAUCUUUAAAGUUAAGAGCUCAGUUAUUAACUACGUUGACUGAAGUUGAACAUGAUUAUGCUCAGAAAGGGGAUAGAGUUUUGGAAAUGAUGGAAUCAAGUCACUUCACGACAGCUAUCAAGCAUUCCUUAGAUGGUGAAUUUGAUCAGUUACUGGUCCAGAGGUUUACCUUACAGAUUGAGAGCUGCCACCCACUCCAAAUGCAGUUGCAUUUCUCACCAGAAAUGAUUGUUGUUAGCAGUUAUGUAAACUCUCCUUUGUUUCUUUUGCCACUUUUCUUUUUAAUAUUGCAGGGACCCAUUUCUUUUAAAAACAAACAAAUAUGAUUUUGAAACCUGGAAAAUGACACAUUGAGGCUGUUCUCACGAGCAGCCUAGCCUGAGCUAGAGUGCUCAUGUGGAGCACUGGGAUCCACACAAACCCCAGUGCUUCUGCCCAGUCUAACCCCACUCCUAAGCCAGGCUCUUAGCCAGGGUUAAGGGAGCAAGAGUACCCGUUUGAUGGGGGAAUCCCCCAAGGUGCCAUGAUCAUUGCACAGUGCUUUUGUGGGAUACGCAGAGGUCAAGAAAACAAGUCCCAGCCUCUGUUGAUCUGCACUGCCGGGAGCGUGGAUAGUAAUCCACACUGCUUCAGGCAGUGCAAGUCACGUGGGCGUGUAGUCUGUGCUCCGAAAAGAUAAAGAGGGAUUGUGUGGGGGAGGUAGGUUGAACCCUGCCUUGCCCGCCUGGCCAUGUGAAUGGGCUCAUUGUCAAAGAAAAAUACUUCCCCUUUCCUUCCUUACAAAGCAGCAAUGAAACCAAUAGAUUAUUUAGGUCCUAAGAACAGGGUUUAUGCAAUGUGUGUGCCUAUGUUGACCUCUGAAUCUUGUGGAUAGGUUUCCCAGCAUUUCUGAACAGCAGUAGUUUGGUGUGGCAAGAAGCCAUGCCUAUCAGUACCGAGUUCCAUACAUGUGAAUCAGAUCAUUGUUCCACAUAGCGCAUGUGUUGCCCUUACUGGAGGCCCCUUAGUCAAAUCAGUCCUAUUUUCAUGGGAAACAUUACUUUGGGAACAUCUAUGGUGUGAGUAAUGUCGUACCCACACAUUCUGUGGGAAAGAUAGACCACAAACAGAUAAUUCAUUCUAUUUGCUCUAUAUUGCCUCCCCAAAGGAUUUAUUUUGAGAAUAGGACCUAACAAAAUGAAUAUGGCAUUGAAAACAUUGCAGUACCAAAAUAAUAAAUAAAUAUUUAUUACAAGCA